CACGACGAAAACUACCGAAAUGUCGAAAUUACUCUCGUACACAGCAAGAAUUAUUUUGCGUAACUCACGCAUCACCGUCAGGCAGCUCGGCCAGGAAGGUGUCCGAGGUUUUGCGGGUUUCGUGUCAGGGCAACGUAAUGCGCCGCAGCCGGCUUAUGGGCGGCCAGUACCAGGACUCUUACGCCAGAAGAUGGUAUCGUCGAUUGGGAAGCGUAGCAUGUUCAUUCAGACGCAGGACACACCGAAUCCAGACAGUCUGAAGUUUCUGCCCGGUGUCGAGGUGCUGGGCAAGGGCAAUACCUAUGAUUUCCCCAGUGGAACGGCUGCCCACUGCAGUCCAUUGGCCAAAUUGCUAUUCCGCGUUGAGGGCGUGCGGGCAGUGUUUUUUGGCUCUGACUUCAUCACUAUCUCCAAGGAAGAAAGUGCCGAGUGGAGUCUGAUAAAGCCAGAGGUAUUUGCCGUCAUUAUGGACUUCUUUGCCAGCGGGUUGCCCAUAUUGCAUGAGGCUCGACCCAAUGCCGAUACCGAGAUACUCGACGACGACGACGAGACAGUAAUGAUGAUCAAAGAGUUGCUUGACACACGCAUCCGACCUACAGUGCAGGAAGAUGGUGGAGACAUCGUCUUCAUAAGCUACGAGAACGGUGUCGUCAAGUUGAAGAUGCAGGGCUCCUGCUCAUCCUGUCCCAGCUCGAUUGUCACCCUAAAAAACGGCGUGCAGAAUAUGCUGCAGUUUUACAUACCUGAGGUGGAGUCCGUGGAGCAGGUCUUCGACGACGCCGACAGGAUGGCCGAUAAGGAGUUCGAGCGCUUCGAAAAGAACCUUAAACAAAAGGAGCCCGCUGGGGCGCCGGUGGGCAUAGGCGGUGGCCCCAAUUAGUUAUCGAUCUGUUGUUAUAAUGUUUGCGUUGCUAAUUCUGUAGUAAAAUCCUAGUUAUACACAUAUGUAA